AUGUACAGCGCAAUCUCAAACCUAGGUGCAGGUGGUACGCAGGAUGUCGCGCUGUCGGACACCGCCAAUGGCGUGCACUACGGCAUCUUCGCCCUCAUGGGUGUCGUGAGCGGCUCCGUCAACAAUAUUCUUGGCCCGCGGUCCACUCUGUUUUUGGGGACCUUGGGAUAUGCACUGUACGUUGGAGCGUUAUGGUGCUUCCAGUCCCAAGGCGUGCGCUGGUUCCUCAUCUUCGGCGCCGCCGUUCAGGGUGUGACCGCUGCGCUCCUAUGGUCAGCUCAAGGAUCCAUCAUGAUGUCGUACCCUCUCGAGCGCGAUAAGGGCAAGGCAUUUGCAAUCUUCUGGGCUAUCUUCCAGCUCGGCUCUUUCGUGGGCUCGAUCAUCGCGCUGGCUAUCAACCUGAGAGACGGGAAGCUGAGUGCCGUGUCGACGAGCACGUAUGUAGCGUUUUUGGUCAUCAUCCUCUCUGGCGUCGCUAGUUCGCUUCUAGUCCUUCCCCCGCAUCGUGUCGUUCGCGGUGACGGCACCAUCGUGACGAUUUCCCGGAGAACCUUCCCGGGCGCCGAGCUAAAGAGCAUGGCGAAGAUGCUGUCGGACUGGCGCGUGCUGGCGCUCCUUCCAAUGUUCUUCGCAUCGAACUACUUUUACGCCUAUCAAGGAGCGGUGAAUGCCGGAAUGUUCGAUGGGUCGACUAGGGCCCUCAAUGCCAGCCUUGAAGGUGCCGGAGCCAUUGUAGGAGCGCUGCUGAUUGGCUUCCUCGUGCUUGAUACACCAUCGGGAAGACUGCGAUAUGGCAGGCGAUCUCGGGGUUACUUCGGUCUCGCGGUGGUGGUGAUCAUGACGCUCGUCGUUUGGAGCGUCGCCCUCGGAUGGCAGACAACGUUCACCCGCUCGGACGCUGCCACGAUGCGCACGUCCGGCACGCUCAUCAACUACCACGACUCGAACUACCCUGGAAAAGGCACGCUGUACUUCUUCUAUUACUUCAAUGACGCGUGCUACCAGGCGCUCGCGUACUGGAUUAUGAGCGCGGUUACCAACGACCCGUUCCGCCUCGCGCGCCUCGCCGGCAUUUACAAAGCCGUCCAGUCUGCUGGCUCCGCCGGGUCCUUCGGUAUGGACGCCGUCGGCACGCCCUACCUCAACGAGCUCCUCGCGAGCUGCCUUAUUAUGCUGGUCUCCUUCCCACUCGCCUUUCUCGUAAUCCGGACCGUUAAAGAGACCAACUACGAAUUUGAGGAGGUCAUUUACGUCAACAACCUCAAGCCGGACGCGUUCGAGUCGGGCGAGCUCCCCAGCGCCGCAACCCAUCCGGAUAAGGUUGCCGCCACAAAACCUGAAAAGGCCAGCGCUGCAUCCGAUAUGGCAUGA